UUGAAAGAUUUCUCUGGGCCAUUUUUUCGUUAUUCAUAAAUUUUGCAUCACAUCUAAUUUGGUUUUCUUCGAUUAAGGCACAAAUUAAAUUGUGAUGCAAAAUUUAGGAGUAUCAAUGUAUUGUCCACCUUUUCUACAAUCACCGAUGAUUAUUACUUGGUUAUUACUUUUAAUUUUGUAUGAUUUAAGGUUCAGUCUUCUGUCAAAUUUCUUGAUUGAGUCUUUUGUUUAUCUGGAUUCUUUUUUCGUUGUGAGAAUUAAGGGUUGAUGGACACGUUGCUGAUUUCCAACACAAUAGAUUAUUUGUUAGUGGGAAGUGAUUCAGUUCAUAUAGAGGAUUUGUUAGCAGAAAACCUAAAGAAGAUAGUGAUGUUCUUCCCAUAUUAUUAUCUUGAUUAAUAGUUAGCUAAGUUGAAUAAAGCAGCAUGUGUGUCUUCCAUUUAUUAUUGGUGGAGUAGGCCGAUUUAAAAAAAUUAGCUUCUCUUAAUUUUGUUCUUCUGAAGUAUUUUAUAGCUUCAUUAGGCUAUGUUUUUUGGAGGUCAUUUCUUAUGUUAUACCUGACCCUUACAGAUAUAUUAUUAUGUAGUAGUCGUCGCUUGAAUUGUUUCUUUGUUUCUUUAGUGAAUCAGUCACUAUCUUGUUUGUACCUUCAAGGUUUUAAUACUUCUCCACUUGCUCCUUUGGAACCUACUCUGUUGUAUUGGUGUUUCAGAAACUUAAAUACAUUUUCCUGACGUUAAUGGUUUGUUGCAAAGGAACAUAAGCACAUUUGACGUUAUUUGGUCUCAUCGACCAUGGUGAACAGUUUCACACACUUUGAGUUCGACAAUGCGAGUGGUUGCAGUUUAUAAGAGUUGCACUACACAAUUGAUUUUGAAAGUCACUGGAGCAUGACAAAUUGACUAUGUAAUAGCUGAUUACAGAAUGUGAUUACUUCUUUAAUAUUAUAAAAAGAUUUGGAUGGUGGUUCUUGGAUUAUGUUCUCCUCGUGUAGCAGUUGGUAUUACUAUGUCAUCCUCGGCUACUAUUUAAGUUCCUAUGAUGUAAAAACUCAUUUCUCUCUCAGUCUCAACAUUCGUAGUCUUUACUUUCUAAAAUACUCUCAAGAAAUGGCAGCAAAUGAUGUCCCUUGCUGUGAAACUAUGUUCUGGGUGUACCUAAUUGCAUGUUUUGCUCUAGUUGCUUUCGCAGGUUUAAUGUCAGGACUGACUCUUGGCCUCAUGUCCCUUAGUCUCGUCGAGCUCGAGGUCAUCAUCAAGGCUGGUGGACCCAACGAGCGCAAAAACGCUGAAAAGAUCCUGCCACUCGUUAAAAACCAGCAUCUUCUCCUGUGUACACUUCUUAUAGGCAAUGCUUUGGCAAUGGAGGCUCUACCAGUCUUUGUUGAUUCACUGCUUCCAGCUUGGGGUUCUGUUCUGAUAUCCGUGACUCUCAUACUUGCAUUUGGCGAGAUUUUACCUCAAGCUGUAUGUUCUCGAUACGGGCUGAGCAUCGGAGCAAAGCUAUCGCUUUUGGUUAGAUUUAUUGUCAUAGUCUUCUUUCCACUAGCUUAUCCAAUCAGCAAGCUACUCGAUUUGUUGCUUGGAAGAAGACAUUCUACACUUUUAAGGCGAGCAGAGCUCAAGUCAUUUGUGUAUAUGCACGGAAACGAGGCAGGAAAAGGCGGGGAGCUGACUCACGAUGAAACAACAAUCAUAUCAGGAGCUCUGGACAUGUCUCAUAAGAGUGCCAAAGACGCAAUGACACCAGUCUCUGAGAUAUUUUCACUCGAUAUAAACUCUAGGCUCGACGAAAAGACAAUGGGAUUAAUAGCAAGUGAAGGCCAUAGUCGAAUCCCUAUUUACUCCGUAAAUCCAACUGUUAUCAUCGGAUAUAUUCUAGUCAAGAACUUGAUCAAAGUUCGUCCUGAAGAUGAGACACCAAUCAUAGAUCUCCCCAUCAGAAGAAUGCCCAGGGUCAAUUUGAAUUUGCCUCUCUACGACAUCCUCAACAUCUUCCAAACAGGUCGAAGCCACAUGGCUGCUGUCGUUGGGACCAAGAACUAUACCAAUACCAAUACUCCUGUCCAUGACAAGAGCAUCAAUGGAACGGCUAAGAAAGACGUUUUGAGCAUUCCUGUGAUGGACUCGAGUGAAACAUAUCGCCAAAGUCCAAUCCAAUACAUUGAUAGUAUUGAUGAUGAAGAUAAAGAGGUCAUUGGGAUUAUAACUCUGGAAGAUGUUAUGGAGGAACUAAUACAGGAAGAAAUAUUCGAUGAGACAGACCGUUAUGUGGAAAUUCAUAAGAGAUUAACAAUAAACAUGCCAAUAUCUGGAAAUUCGAGGCCACAAUCGCCGGAAACUGCUACGGAGCUGGCAUCUCCUAUCUCGCUGUAUCGUUCAAGUCCACUAUCACCGAGCAUCAUGAUCUCUACGCUGCUCCGGUCACCGAUAAAUUCACCUUACCGUCAGUCUCCAUUUCUCCGGCCAACACUUUACGCUUCGCCACCGGCACAACCUCCCUCCGUGCUCUCUCCGGACAGUAACGACCGUUAUUACUAUUUGUCUCCUAGUGGGGUGUUGAGGAAAUCGUAUGUGAAGCUACCAAGAUCAAAUGGUUCAUAAUAAUGGAUGAUGAAUCUGAUAAAAAUUGGAUUCAAGUGAACCAAAUAAUAAUAAUAAUAAUAAGUGUUGGAGACUUUUUCUUCUCGAUCACUUUCAAGAUUCAAUUGACUUACGUCAUAAAGUGAAAGGCGAAAAAAACAU